AUGCUGGACAGUUUCGAGAUCCUAACUACCUCGGGUGUCGUCCUUUGGUCAAAAUCAUACGCUCCUGUGAAGGACGGUCUGAUCAAUGGUUUCAUCAAAGAUGUCUUCAUCGAAGAGACGGUGCCCGGAGGGAAUCUGGCCAACGAAGCGUCGGCUACGCAGAAUCCAAGUUACAAGAAAGAGAAAUAUACAUUACGAUGGACAAGUGUCAAAGACUUAGGUUUAAUUUUUGUCGCAGUCUACCAGUCGCUGCUACAUCUCACAUGGAUCGACCAGCUACUCGAUAAUGUUCGAGUCAUAUUCACAGACUUGUAUGGUGAUCAAUUAAGGAAACCACAUACGAGCGUUGUCGAGUGUGACUUUGGCGAUUAUUUUGAGCAACAAAGGAGAGAAUUAGAAGGCUCUGCGUCCUUCAACGAACAAGAUGAUCGAAACUUAGUCGCUGGCGAAGAUUUAUCCGUAACGUCUACACCAGAUACUUCACGGCCCUCUACGCCAGGAGGCCAAGUCUUGUCAGGGAGCCAAUACCCUAAAGGUACAUCGAGACGAGCCCGAAAAGCUGCUUCGAAUAUUCAGAAUGUUGCUUCCUCGGGCGAUGAGACCAAAUCGAAGACCAAGAAAGACACCAAGAAGAGAAUGCGUAGAUGGGAUGAUACUGGCGCAGCUGGUGAAGAUGACGGCGAGACAUUAGAUUAUUCCACACAGAGAAAUGGCACAACAGAUAAGAAUGAAAUAACAUCGUUAGCCCAAGAAUCAGAAUGUUGUAGGGGGAAAGUUUUGACCAAGGCUGACCUUGAGAAACCAAUGAGAGGUAUGGAAGAGCAUCUACUCAAGAAGAACGUGGCUCGAGAAGCCGCCGUGCGACUAUGUGAGAGCGUUGAGCGGGAAUUGAUAGGAGUGAGGACUGGGAAUUUUGAAUGUACUGUAGCCUCCCUUUCCUUUACCCUUCAUCUUUGCCUCACUAACAUCGCAUGUUCAGCCAUUGAAGCCACAGUCCGAACAUCUCUGUCAAACUCCCUUCGCCAGCUGCUUACUCCAACGACUUCACUUGAUAUCCUCCGUGCUAUCACGUCCAUCACCCAACCGCCUCGGACGCCGUUCGCAGUUAAACGCAGACCUUACGUGAUUUCUAUAGUUGGAGUCAAUGGAGUUGGAAAAUCGACGAAUCUGAGCAAGCUCGCUUUCUUCCUUCUCCAGAACAAAUUCUCUCUCUUAGUUGCAGCAUGCGAUACAUUCCGCUCGGGCGCGGUCGAGCAGCUCCGAGUUCAUGCCCGUAACCUGAAGGAACUCAGCGAUCGAGAGCAUCUUGGCAAAGUGGAGCUAUAUGAGCGUGGUUACGGCAAAGACGCGGCGAACAUUGCCAAAGACGCCAUCAGCUACGCGGACACGCAAGGCUUUGAUGUGGUUCUGAUAGAUACAGCGGGCAGGCGGCACAAUGACACUCGAUUGAUGUCUUCCCUCGAAAAGUUUGCGCAAUUCGCGAAGCCGGAUAAGAUCCUCAUGGUCGGCGAGGCAUUAGUUGGUACCGACAGCGUGGCGCAGGCCAGGGCCUUUGACACUGCAUUCGGGCGAGGAAGGCGGUUAGAUGGAUUUAUCAUAAGUAAAUGCGACACGGUUGGAGAGAUGGUUGGGACAUUGGUUAGCAUGGUGCAUGCGACUGGGAUUCCGGUGGUGUUUCUGGGGGUUGGACAGCAUUAUGGGGAUCUCAGAACUUUGGUGAGUCCUGUCAUUGUUACAGAAGCUUAUAUCGUAAUGCUGACCGUUGACAGAACGUAUCAUGGGCUGUAA